AUGGGCCACUCAGAUGUGCAGACUCGAUUAAUAGACCUGUUCCUUGCGGAGCUUGAGCAAAUACAGACUUCAGAUGAGCCUAUUAACUUCAAUAACACCAAUCAAUUGGAUGCUCUUUUGUCCUACCUUGAGAACUCAGAUGUGUCUCAAUUCACACCAGUGCCAUCUGAGAUUGUUAUUCAUAUCCUAUUGACAUUAGCAUGCCGUUCUCCCCAGUCGUCGAAAACUCGUGGCACCGUAAGCAGUGAUGACGGCAUUGAAGUACUGUCGCUGUACAUGAGAGAAAUCAAUGACAAGUACGAGCAUAACCUAACAAAGGACCUGCUACAACGAAGAAGCGCUAACAUUCUAGAUAAGUACGUCGAUCUCAUACAGUCCAGUGAAAGUGACCACGCCUUGAAGCUAUAUCAAAACUUUCAAGAUGUCCUACGACCAAUCUGCAAUGCCUCUAUACACUUUUCCAGGCCUAGGUCGAAGCCAGAGUCGAAAGAGGAAACCCCUGUGGUGGAAGUCAUUCAGGAUUCAGAGAGCGACGUCGAGGACGAUGACCUUUCAGCUGGUAUGGAAAUUGAAACGUCCCUGAAAUACCAUCAAUUUGGUCUACCGCAGAAGAAUGUGAUCUCGUUGUCUGACAUUGGUAGUAAAACGACAGGCUUGGGUGAGGCGACAUCCCUUUUUCAAAAUAUGCCACAUCUUCUGGCCCAAGCUACUCCUGAACCUGAGCAACUCUCUCCAGAGGGGCGACCAAAGAAGCAAAAGGUCGAGAGAAAUCCAUUAGAGUUCGUAAAGCUUUUCGAUGACCACCUUAUAGUCAGCAGGUUGAUGAAUCUGAAAGACUACAACCUCUGGGAUCUCCUACGAUGGGCUUUCACUUGUUGCGGCGACUCAAGUCAGUACCAGAAGUUUCUAUUUAAUUCGAGCAACACUUCGCUACACCAUAUUUGGGAAACUUAUAGUCUGACCCUUCGGAUUAUAUUGAAGUUUCUCAAGAUUCAGCAUGAUGUCUCUCAAAAAAGACAAAAGCGUUCAUUUUUGGGUUGCCUUCUUACUCAGCUUGGGAGAAACCAGGAUUGGUAUGAACGUCUUGUCGACGUUGCUUUUACUGGAUUGGGUUUGCUGACUCAAGAUAGACCAUUUCCAUGCUAUCCUAGAGAGAGAAGUCUCAUUAAGAAUGACGUUAAUACGAAUGGCUCAGUAGGCCUACGAUCUAAGGUUGACUACGACGAUAACAUUGAGUCAUUGCAUUUGAGAGCCCAUUUGGUGGCUCUAUUCCUCUACCAAGAAACGAACAGAUUUCAUAAGGUUGAUCUUGUGACACAAUUGUCCAACAAACUUCUCAUGUUUGACAAAGAUACAAUAUUUGCAUUUCUUCAGCGACUUAACACGCAACUGUUUGUUCCAAAACAGGUGCUAGAUAAAUUCAUUCUCAUGGUGUAUAAUAAACUUGUCAUCACCAUUGUCGGCUCAGAGGAUCUAGCGUACAAUUUAAUAGGGUACCUGGACCCUACAUCCACAAGGAUCGAAAAAUUGACAAGGCUAUUCAAAUCAAGUGAAUUAUACGACGGCCUUGUGCACGACUCAACCUAUAAAGACUUCAAUGAUUUCAAGCGUUGUUGGGACAUUUGCAUUGGUCUUUGCUAUGAAAUGAUUAAGUUUAUUGUCACUAGCGAAGUUUUGAAGGAGCAUCAACUAGACUUAAAGGUUUACGAAGAUAUCUUACAUGAGUGA